AUGAGUUUAGCUAUUUUGUGCUUAGCAGUGAAUGCUGUUAUUCUUUUCGGAUUAUUCUUGUAUUAUACACAGAAGAGACCAAAGAGUUUUCCACCUGGACCUCAAUGGUAUCCACUUGUCGGCAAUAGUGUCCAAUUGCGGAGAACUGCCGCAAGACUAGGCGGUACCCAUUUGGUUUACAAACAAUGGGCCUUGGAAUAUAAGAGUCCAGAUGUUGUGGGAUUCCGCCUUGGAAGCCACUUCUUCGUCAUUGGCCUAUCUGCAAAAGCCGUCAAUGAUAUUCAUAAAUCAUCCUUCUUUGAUGGACGUCCAAAGGAUUUUUUCACCCAAAUACGAACCCUGGACACGUAUGGAGGGAUCACCUUUACGGAUGGAAGCUUGUGGAAGGAACAUCGUUGUUUUACAGUGAAACGCCUUAAAACUCUUGGAUUCGGCAGCAAUCGCAUGAAGGAAUUAAUUGAGAAGGAAAUCUGUUCAUUUAAGGGUGCUAUUGAUGAGCAAAUGGCCAAAGAAGGAUCCCUGUGGCCGGGACAAUAUCUCAAGUCAUCUGUAAUGAAUAUUCUGUGGACAAUGGUUGUGGGAGAUGAUCGUGAACACAGUGUCAUGUCGGAAACCUUGGUUAAACUUCUUGAGGAACGAAUUAAGAGCUUUGAUUUAUCAGGAGGAGCUUUGUCAGAUUUGCCUUGGUUGCGUUUUCUUGUUCCUGAAUAUUCUGGCUACAAUCUCCUGUGUCGGAUUAAUAGUAAAGUUCAGGAAAUUCUCCAGAAGAUCAUCAACGAUCACCAUAGACGCUUUACGGAAGACAAGGCAAAUGAUGACUUUAUCUAUGCCUUCAUUCAGGAAAUGAAGAAUCAAGAAGGGAUGGGAAAUUCAACCUUUACCGAUCGGCAGUUAAUGGUUGUCAUGAUGGACUUUGUAAUUGGAGGAUCCUACACAUCUAGGGGUACGUUAGAUCUUGCAUUGAUGACAUUGGCAAUCUACCCAAAAAUACAGGAAGAAAUUUAUGGGGAAAUUGCAAGAAUUGGGGACACCCUGAGCUGCACAAAUCCCACUGAACUACCCCUUACGCAGGCUUAUCUAAUGGAAAUUGGACGGUUCUACAAUCUAGCCCCUGUAGCUGGACCACGAAGGACCCUUGAGGACACUGAGCUCUGUGGAUAUCGUAUUCCAAAGAACACAACCGUUCUCAUUGGAAGUGAAUUCGUGCAUAUGGAUAAAGUCCUUUGGGGUGAUCCAGAAGUCUUUCGACCUUCACGCUUCCUGGAUGCAAGUGGAACCAAAAUAAUUCAUCCUGAACAUUUUUAUCAAUUCGGAAAGGGACGAAGGAUGUGUAUGGGCAUAACACUUGCAAAGGCAUUCCUUCACACCUUCCUCACGACAAUUGUGCACGACUAUAGAAUCUCAAUUGCACCUGGGAAUGGGAGAAGAUUAUGGAAGGAGUAA